AUGGAGCAGCCCUCCAUUGCUGCCGUUGUGCCUCCCAUCCCCCGCAAGCCUCGAGACCGAGAGCGAGAGCGAGAGCGCCCAAGACAGCAUCGAGAAAAGUCUUACGACCAAGCCCGCACUUCGUCGCGCCGCCGCGACCCUUCUCGUGCCACCUCGGCUGUUGAUACGAGCGACGACGUCUUUGCCGAUUGGUCGCCCCGCGAUCGGGAGCGCUACGCCGACCGCUAUCUCAGAGACCGCGACAACGACCAGGCGGCUCCGGUAGCUGCUGCGUCGCCCGAGGUCAUUUCGUCGCUCAUCACCUCUCUAUCUGCUAUCUCCAGACCCGUGAGCAAUCACUUCGACGGCCCCUCGUAUCUGAGCCCGAUCGGCCUCGGCAGCCCUCUCAGUCUGUCGGUACCUGGUUCCCCUACAGGCGGUUCGUUUGGUGUCGACUACGGCGCCUAUUCACAGCCGUCACUGAAACAAUUGCAAGAAGAGGAUGUGCCUCUAGAGGAACUCCCUGCGAGCCCUCCGGUCGUCCGGACCUCUAAGCCUCCGAGCGGCCUUUCACCCUUGACUUCGCCCAAGUCACCCAGAAGCCCUGGGGGACGGGACACAUCUGGCUUGAAAAGCCUCCUUUCCCGAGCCAGCAGCCGUCCUUCGAGCCGCGGGUCGCUGACGUCCGGGGCUGAGAGUAUCGGCAAGCCCAGCAUUGAACGCCUGCAAGAGCCACUGUCGCCUGGUGCCGAGAGCGACAGCUUGAGAAAGCAAAAGUCGUACGACAGCUGGGGGAGGAAAGGUAGCCGGAACCAGCGCGGACUGAUGUACAUGAGCAGCAAGGAGCAAUUGCGGGAGAAGGAGGCCGAGAAGAAGAGGGCUAGUGUCGGCGCCGUUGGGGGCAGUUCCAAUGGUUUAGGCUCGACUGGCAGUUCCACGCACCCACGGCUCGAUCCCCUUUCCGCCGAGUCGGUGAUCAAGGAAGAGCCCAACACUGACUCGGCCAAUAGCCAGAGAGGAAACCAUCUCUCGCCAGAAGCACUCCACGACAGCAUGCCAGGUCCCCGGCCAAUCCCUGUCCGGGACUCCUCGCUCAGAAAGACCGGGAACAGUGCGAAAAGGUCAUCCGCCCGGUCGUCCCGGACCACCAAGCGAGACAGCGACGGCGCCUACGACACGAUUGCAGAGUUGGAGGAGAAGAGCGGCGGCAGUCGGGGUUCCAGGGGUGAGAACACAAAGAAAAGACAUCCCGGUCAGAAGCAAGGGCAAGGGGUCGACCCUUUGAGACUGUCGGCUGACCUGCCGCGAGAAAACGUGUCGUCCCUCGGGAAACCCCGCAACGACGUCUCCGCCAGUAAUCCCACGACACCUGCGGUAGCCAUGUUCCCAGAUCUAGACGCAGCCGACGACGGGGCGCCGUCGCCCGCUGUUGCCCAAUCCCGCCGUCGGGAUCGCGAAGCGAGUGCGGAAUACAGACGACGUUCGGGCCGCCACACUCCUGACCCCCUCGGCUACACAAGUGAGGGGGGUGGAACGAGCGUGAAGGUCAAACGCAGCAGCGCCAGGCUCAAACGGUUGUCGGGCGCCGCAAGUCCAACCGCCGAAAAGGUGACAGAGCAGGGGCCAGCCGCCAACACUCAAAGCGAUCACCCGCACAUCGCCUAUGAACGCCCGCGGAGCGCCGACAGCAUCGAUGACGCAGUCGAAAGUUAUCUAUGCAGCCCCCGGCUCAGCCAAAAGAUUCGGCAUCCACAGACGGGUCGCGUUAUCAGCUUUAGCGAAGUUGGAGACCCGAAUGGAAGUGCUGUCUUCUGCUGCGUUGGCAUGGGGUUAACGCGAUACAUCACGGCCUUCUACGACGAGCUGGCCUUGACAUUGAAGCUGCGUCUGAUAACACCGGACCGCCCUGGUGUGGGCGACAGCGAACCGUAUGCUGAGGGCACUGCGACGCCUCUCGGCUGGCCAGAUGAUGUGUAUGCGAUUUGCCAGUCGCUCAAGAUCACAAAGUUUUCCAUUUUGGCUCAUUCGGCUGGCGCCAUCUAUGCCCUUGCAACAGCGCUCCGUAUGCCCCAGCAUAUCCGUGGCAGGAUUCAUUUGUUGGCGCCGUGGAUUCCCCCAUCCCAAAUGAGUGUGUUUGGCGCCAGCGCACAAACACCGCUGCCUCCGACAAACGCGAUACCCACCAGCCAGAGGAUAUUGAGGGCGCUUCCAACGCCAAUUUUGAAGGCUGCCAACAGCAGCUUCAUGACAGCGACCAGCUCCAGCAUCACUAGCUCACUACCCAAACAGAAGCGCGCCAAGCGUGACAAGAAGAACACGGGCGGGGGCGCCAGGGACAGGGAAAGCAAGGAUCAGCCCAAAGGUGUGGUCCACGGCGCGGGAGGAAUAGAAAACAAGGAGAACGUAGACCAGAGCGAUGGCAUGUUAAAAAACCUGGCCCACCUGCCUGCAGCAGAUGAAAACAUGGACCGGAUCCGUCCAUCAGGAACAAGUCCAGCCGGCCCUGGACCCCAUGCUAACACCAACAGCAGCCAACGGCGCCGCCGCUCCAGCUCGUCGCAUCAGGGCUUAUCUAGGCGCCAGUCCGAAAAGGACGAGCACAUCUUAUCGGCGGCGGCGGCGCUGGCAAACUCGCAGCUCGCCGACCGCGAGCGCCAGGAGCUGUACGACAGCCGCCUCACGCACUCGAUCUGGCAGCUGGCUACCACGGGUGCGAACCCGGCCGUGGACCUGCUGGUGUGCCUGGAGCGGCGGCAUACCAUUGGGUUCCGGUACGUGGAUAUCACGCGGCCCGUAGUUAUCCAUCACGGCAGCAGGGACACGCGCGUGCCGGUGGACAAUGUGCGCUGGCUGGGCAAGACAAUGCGGCGGUGCGAGGUCCGAGUGCUUGAGGGAGAGGGCCACGGCCUGAUGGCUAGCGCACAGGUCAUGGGUAACGUGCUCAUGGAGAUUAGUAGAGAGUGGGAGGAGUGGGGUAAGAUUACGGGCGCGACUAAGAGGGAGGGGGAAAGGGAGAGGGAAAGGGGAAGAAGGGGGACUAUUGGGAGGGAAGUGAGGUAA